AUGGAGAAACCGGCUCCAACAACCUAUGCCCAUGACAAGGAUGUGCACCCUUCAAAGCUGAAUUGGGGUGAGACUGAUCCUUGUGUCCGUGGACCCGUUAUCAUUGGUCGCGAUGCUUUGUCCAUUAAUAUCAGAAAUGCGAUAGGUGCAUAUGGUGGGCCAUACUCCAUUUACCGCGGCCUAGCGGUUGCCAUGGGCGACCUGUCACACAAUCACCGGCCCAACUUUGAGAAUACGCAGCCUCCGAUUGAAAUCAAGCAGCAACCCCAAUGGUCAGAUCCCUCGAAGAUUGUCGCCCUUGACCCUUUCGGGCACCUCACCAAUGAGUACUUCAAAAAGGAGAUCGAUGAGGGUCUCGACAUCCGCCCCACAAUUGCCAUCACGCGAGCCCACAUGCUUGUUCCAGAGAUCCAGGAGGAAAUUAGAACGGGAGGAAUUGCCGUCGAUGGCAAAGUGGUCGUGAACGAGACUGGCGAACUGAAUGUCCACAAGGGCGCCAUCGAUCCUGUCUGGUACCUUCCUGGCGUUGCCGCUCGUUUGAAGGUCGACGAGGACUUCUUGCGUCGAUCGCUGUUUGAGAACUCAGGAGGAAUGUACCCAGAGCUGAUUACAAGGCCCGAUCUCAAGGUCUUCCUGCCUCCGAUCGGCGGCGCCUCCGUAUACAUCUUUGGUAACCAUGAGCUCCUGUCGGACCCUGACGUGCGAUUGACGGUCAGAGUGCACGACGAAUGCAAUGGCUCGGAUGUCUUUGGUUCCGACAUCUGCACCUGUCGCCCGUACCUCAUUUUCGGCAUGAAAGAGGCUAUCAAAGAGGCGCAGAAUGGCGGCGUCGGAUUGAUCAUCUAUUUCCGCAAGGAGGGCCGUGCCUUGGGUGAGGUCACCAAGUAUCUUGUAUACAAUGCUCGCAAGAGAGAGGGCGAUUCGGCUGCCAAAUACUUUGCACGUACCGAGAAUGUCGCCGGCGUCAAGGAUAUGCGCUUCCAGGCACUUAUGCCUGAUAUUCUUCACUGGCUUGGAGUGACCAAGAUUGAUCGCUUCACGUCCAUGUCAAAUAUGAAGCAUGACGCCCUUGUUGAUGCUGGCAUCAAGGUUCUGGAGCGAGUUCCCAUCCCUGACGAACUGGUCCCUCCAGAUUCCAAGGUCGAGAUGGAGGCCAAGGUUGCUGCCGGCUACUACACGAACGGCCAUGUGCCCUGUCCGACUGAGCUGUCUCGCACUGUCGGACGUGGAUGGGAUGAAUUUCACCACUAA